AUGCCAAGUCAGAAGAGGUCCCAGUCGCCCAAAUUAGGGGAACAUCAUAUAGAUACUGAAUCGACUUCCGAGCACCCUUUCAAGAAACAAAAUAGAUCCGAGUCACCAACCCAAAAGGCUGUUUUUCAGAUACCCUCUCCAAGUGUCUCAGAAAUGAGAUGGAAAUCGAUAUCUCCACCACGACAAAAUGCUUUUGAAGCACCUUCUAAUGCACCUCGUAGGGCGGCUCUUGACAUUCCUUCUUUGCGUUUUCUUCGACCGCCGAAUAGGUCACUUCCGCCAUACCGAUCAAGUAGUGAUAGGCCUCCUCAGCCACCACCACUGUCUCUUCGACCGGCUAAUCGUGAGGCGUCUGAUGAAAAUGAAGACAGGAUAAUACUUCCUGAUCCCCCUUGUCCACCCACUCCUCAACUAGCCAAUACUUCGCUUCCUCCGCCCGGUAAUGCACCGUUUUCCAAUGAACAGACUCUUUUCAGAUCGAUCAGACCAAAGAUGAAAAUAACCUUUAAGUCAGAAGGCAAUCAAGCUUCUACAUUCAAACCACCUUCUAGCGACGAUGAAUCAAUAGACAGCGAAUCGAUCACGGAGCGCAAGAUCCGAAAUCACAAACGUUGUCGCAAUUGUCGAGAUAAAACGCAACCUAAUUAUGGAGUCAAAUCCAUUGCAGUUGAGCAAAUUAAGGAAAAACACCCAAUGUCUGGCGGUAUAGGCUCAAGAUCAAAAGAUCCAAUGAUCGCAGGACCUCUCACCCGCGAAAUACUCCAUUUCCAGAAAGCUUCCGACCAUAUCAUCACCACGACCAUCGAGUUUACCGACGCACCAGGAGAAGACAACCUCCAUGCAUUUCUCGAUCGUGCAGAGGAAGAUGCUCGUGAGGCGGGCAUGCCUGAGAAUCUCGAACCGACAAAACUCAUUGUUACAUGGGACAAUGGAGCGCAAUUGAAUGCUGUUCGAAGUGGAAUGGAUAACCUCGAUAAGAUGUCAUCGGUAACCUUGAUACAGAACUCUAAAAGUUGGAGGGGCGCAAUUCGCCAGAUGCGACAGAAAUUGUGGUGGUCGAACCAGAAUUGGACGAUUUGGUGGAUGGAGAAACGUGCGGAUGAUGAUGAUGAGGAGAGAGGACUUUUCUACGAUACUAGCGCGAGUAGGCCCGCUCACUGGUGUAUGCCCUCUGUCUGGAGAGCGUCGACGACUCUUGAGAAUGAAUUGGUGAGCGGCAAGAAUCAAACGGACGUGGAUUAUAAACAAUUUGUCAAUAUAUCGGUUGACUAUACCAUAAAACCGGUGGUGGAUUAUCCAACUUAUGAAAUGUAG